AUGACCGACCCAGCUUUGGAACUGGCAGAAACCAUCCAAACCGCCUCAAUCAAGCGGGAUCCAUCCCCGAGACACGACAUCAAUCCUCCAACAGCCGCCUCGGAGAAGCGACCAGUGGCACGACGCUCUUCCUCCGAGGCUGACAGCAUCCCUUCCGAUAUUGUUGAUCCUAGUCGUAUGGUUAGACCCGUUUCACGUCGCCAUACUCUUCCUCCUUUGCCCGAUCUGCGUUUCGAACAGAGCUAUCUCGCCAGCUUGCGAGGUGCCGAUACAUGGGGACGAGUUGCAUGGAUUACCAUUCGGGACCAGGUACGGAUACUCGACAAUGAGUUGAGAGAUCUCAUUGUUGCUAUAAGAAUCGAAUUCAAUUUAAUACUGAUGAAAUGGGUUGCAAACUGUCAGGUUCUUCUGCCACUCAUCCAGGGUACUCUUUGGACGCUUGCGCUUUCUGGCUGGCGUUACUGGAACCGCACAGCUUCUCUCAGUGGCCAGACGCUCGGUAGCAGGCUGCGAAGGUGGUGGUACGAAGUCAAUAAUUGGAAGCUUCCUCCUCUGAGUACAACAAAGGACCCUCGACUUGCUGCCAAGGUUGAAGACGUAAGUGCACAUCUUUCAAUGCGGUCAAACGGGACAUUGGCGCGAGAUUAUGCCUACUUCUGA